AUGGCCGCUUCUAACCAUGUUUGGACUGAACCCGCACCUGGUGUAGCGCCCAAGCCGCGUACAUACACACCCGAGCAGCAAGCCAUGAUUGAUGAGUUGAGAGAGUACGCCAAAUCCAUAAUGCUACCCGAGUCAGAUCCAUACUAUGAACAUGAGAGGCAUUGGCUGCUUGAUGAUCCCGAGUGUUGCGGACGUUACAUGAGGGCAGCCAAAUGGAAAUUAGAGGAUGGCAAGAAGCGCAUGCAAGGAACUUUGACGUGGCGUCGAGAGUAUAAACCGGAUCUCAUUCCACCAGAAGAAGUGAGGAUCGAGUCUGAGACUGGAAAAAUUAUUUUGAACGGUUUUGAUAUCGAUGGGAGGCCAAUCUUAUACAUGCGCCCAGGUAGAGAGAACACAGAAACGAGUCCACGCCAAAUUCGCCACCUGAUCUUUUGCCUUGAGCGAGCGAUUGACUUUAUGCCACCUCACCAAGACUCUAUGAUGAUUAUUGUGGACUACAAAUCUACAACUCUAAAAACCAACCCUUCCAUUGGAGUUGCCCGAAAGGUCUUGGGAGUCCUGCAGCAGCACUAUGUUGAACGGCUAGGCCGUGCGAUUGUUGUUAAUCUACCAGGAAUCCUGAACUUCUUCUACAAGGGUAUUAGUCCAUUCCUCGACCCCGUUACUCGGGAUAAGAUGCGCUUCAAUCCUAAUCUGCUGGAGCUCGUCCCUGCUUCACAACUUGAUGCGGGUAUCGGCGGGGAAUUCAAUUAUGAAUUCGAGCCAAAGAGCUACUGGGAUCAAGUUGUCUCGCACUGCAAACUAAAUGCGGAUGGCUCCCAUCGCCGCGACAUAGUUCCACAGGCUAAGGCAGAUCCUAAACGUAGCGAAGAGACUGAAGGAAAUACACAGUCUGUUACGGAUGACGCAACCUAUAACACUCCCGCAUUAUCCCCGAGCGCUAGCAGCAGGGCAUCCACAAUGGUAGACGAAACCCCCGCUAUCACCGAGAAAAGUGGCCCAGUGAACGUCACCAAUGAAAGCACCCAAACAACUCUCGUUUCAUAG